CUGUCCUUGUGUCCAGUGCGGUCUUUGUGUAAACUGCUUUCAGGCCUUUCGCUGAGCUUGUUUCUUUCCCUGUUUUUUGUAGACCACUGCCUUAAAGUGUUUCUAAACCCCAGACCCUGCAUUCACUAUAUCUGGUCUGCCCGGACUCUGCAUUCACUAUAUCUGGUCUGCCCGGACUCUGCAUUCACUAUAUCUGGUCUCCCCGGACUCUGCAUUCACUAUAUCUGGUCUCCCCGGACUCUGCAUUCACUAUAUCUGGUCUCCCCGGACCCUGCAUUCACUAUA